CAUAAUCUAUGGAUAAUAUUGUCAAUUAUUUUGUUGUUUGUUGUCAAUUUGACUUUUUGCAAGAAAUAUGUCUUCUAAAGUCACUUCAACGAUUGAUGCAAGAGGAGAAUUAGCUGAAUUAGUUAAAAGAAAAGCUGAAAUUGCUGAAACUCUUGCUAACUUAGAGCGACAAAUUUAUGCCUUUGAGGGAUCAUAUUUGGAAGACACACAGCUGUAUGGCAAUAUAAUUCGAGGAUGGGAUAGGUACUUAUCAAGUAAUAAAACAACAAACUCAAAAUCUGAUAAAAGAAAUCGAAAAUUUAAAGAAGCUGAAAGGUUAUUCUCAAAGUCCUCCAUUACGUCUAUGGCUGCUGUUAGUGGCAUCGUUGACCAAACACAAGAAAAAACUGAACGCCCCAGUGAUACUGAAUCUCAAACAAAUGAAGACUCAAGUGAUACAAAUAUGACAGGUCCAACAUCAAAUCAUUUGGACAGUAUUAAAAUAGCAGGGAAGCACCCCACUAACAGUUCAAGUUUAUUUGUUCAAAAUGGUACACAGAAUCAAAAUGGUUUGGAUCAUCAGCCAAGUCCUAACAGAGACAUUGCUGCUAAGCAAAAGAACUUUAGCAAUAGUGCAAAGAAAAAUAAUAACAAGAAAGCUAGACAUCGAUAAUUUUAGUGAAAAAGUGUAAGUGAUAAUUUUUUUAGAAUAUAUGUACCUAAAUUGAGACUGCUGUGACUUAAUUAGUUCUGUCUGUUUCUGCUGAUAAAAAGAAUGCGAUACCUGAAUUAAAAUAACUGAAAUAAAUAUUUUAAAUGAUA